GGGGGCAGGGCGCAAGUUAUCAUGGAGGAUCAGUAGGCAACUUGCGGCCAACAGAGAAGGGCAGCUACCCGUCUGAUCCCCGGGACUUUUCUCAACUGCUCAGCGCUCGGUUCUAAACAACCACACGUCACAGUUAAACAUGGAUAUGAAGAAGAGGAUUACUUUAGAGCUGCGGAACCGAAGCCCAGCAGAGAUUGUGGAGUUGGUUGUGGACAACAGUCGAUCUGCUGAUGGCGAGGUCGAAGGUCUGACGGAUGAGUUCACAGAGCUGGAGUUCCUCAGCGUGGUCAACGUCGGUCUGAGCUCUCUGGCGAAGCUGCCUUCACUGCCCAAACUACGGAAGUUGGAGCUGAGUGACAACAACUUAUCGGGGUCUCUGGACACUCUAGCACAGAAAUGUCCCAACCUGACCUACCUCAACCUGAGCGGGAACAAGAUUAAAGAGCUGAGCACGUUGGAGGCGCUGCAAAACCUGAAGAGCCUGCAGAGUCUGGACCUGUUUAACUGUGAGAUCACCUCCCUGGAGGACUACAGGGAGAGCGUGUUCGAGCUGCUGCCUCAGGUGACUUACCUGGACGGCUUCGAUCAGGAGGACAACGAGGCGCCGGACUCUGAGGCCGACGAUGAAGACGAGGACGGCGAGGACCGGGCGGGGCCGACCGGCGACUACGGGGAGGAGGAUGAUGAAGAGGAGGAUGAGGAUGGCUCAGAGGGAAGAGAGGUGGGACUGAGCUUUCAGGUGAACCAGGCCAACCAGGAAGAUUACGAGGAUGAGGAUGACUAUGCAGAGGAAGAAGAGGAGCAGCCUGGCGCUCCGGGACAGAAGAGGAAGAGAGACGUAGACGAUGAAGGCGAGGAUGACGACGACGAUGAUGAGGACAACUAGUCGUCCGUCCGGCUGUCGUCCACGUGUCGUCCCGCCCCAUCUGGACCCAACCUCCACCAAGCAGCAGCCGCGGCGCUGCUACCCGAGAUAGUUGGUUUCAGUUUGUUAGAGAGUCACUCAUUUUUUAGAUGAAAUUAUAUUUAAAGAGAAAGAGAUUUGAUGUGAACUUUACCUGUUGGCUCCAGCUGAAGACUCCACACGUUUCCCUUUAACAAAAAA